AUGCAGGCCGGGAUGUCCCCUCCUGCCCACGAGAAGCAGCCUUCACCUUCUGGGAGGAGUGGGACUCACCUGCCUUUCUGGUUCCUUUCCAGUGCCGGCCUGCUCCUACUGCUGCUCAGCGGCCUGCAAGCUGAUGCUGAAGAGAAAGAAGUCAGAGCCAUAGUGGGCAGCGACGUCAAGCUCAGCUGCAUUCACACCGAAGAAAGAAGUUUUGAUUUAAAUGAACUUCAUGUUUAUUGGCAAAUUAGCGUUCCUGGUAACAACAAGCCAAAAACUGUGACUUUCUACCUAGCCGGGAACAGCUCCGUGGGCCAUGCCAAUAACCAGUACCAGGACCGGGCCGAGAUGUCACUGGACGGCAUGAAGCAGGGCGACUUCUCUCUGCAUCUGCACAACAUCACCCCCCAGGAUGAGCAGAAGUUCAACUGCCUGGUGUUCAGGAACCUCGAGCGGGUUCUGGAGGUUAUGGUCUCGCUGCACGUGGCAGCAAACUACAGCAUGCCCGUGGUCAGCACCCCUAGCAGCACCCCCGAGGACAAGGAGCUCACUUUCACGUGCACGUCCACGGAUGGCUAUCCCAGGCCAAAUGUGUACUGGAUCAAUAAGACGGACAACAGCCUGCUGGACGAGGCCCUGCAGAAUAACACCGUCUCCCUAAACGCGCGGGGUUUGUAUGACGUGGUCAGUGUCCUGAGGAUCCGGCAGACCCCCAACGUGAACGUUGGCUGCUGCAUCGAGAAUGUGCUUCUACACCAGAACCUGACUGUCAGCACCCAGCAAAAGCCAGAAACGUUCACAGGCAACCACAGAGAAACCCCAGGUGACACCCACACGGGCACAUCCACGGCCGUGGCGGCUGGGGUCACGCUACUGCUGAUCGUGGCCAUGGCCAUGGCUGCAGGCUGGUGGUGCAGGAGCCGGUGUCCUCGCUGGGGCUACGCAGGUACCCAGGCUUCGAGGCCAGAGCUGGAGUUCACCGGUGAGUUUGCCAAGGGGCUCGGGGAGAAAGCCCCCCGAGAGUCCUCAGAGCUCUUCUCGGCGUCCCAGAUGCAUGCCGUGGGCGAGGGGUCCCGAGAGUGA